UGGAGUGAAAGAGGUACCGAUAUAGUUUAUAUUAGUUAUACUGUGGAGUCAGAAACUAAAAUUCGAUGUCUAAUUUUAAGUUAUGAAAUGAAAUAAUAUUGAAAUAUAAGUGAAUACAUAGUGUUGAUUGAGCAGUGCUUCGAAAAUUUGUGAGAAUCGACGAAUAAAGCUAUAGACGUGAAGAUGGUUGAGCAACUGAAGAGAUAUCUAUGGAGUCUUUUGCAAAUGGUUGAAGGGCUAGAAGCCAUAGUAAUUACAGAUAGAGAUGGUGUCCCUGUUAUUAAAGUGAAAUCUGAUACCACCCCAGAACAUGCAAUGAGACCAGCCUUCCUUGCCACAUUCGCCAUGGCCGCUGACCAGGCCAGUAAACUAGGGCUUUCUGCCAACAAGAGUAUUAUAUGCACAUACUCAUCACAUCAGGUUGUUCAUUUUAAUAAGCAGCCCCUCUUUGUCAGUUUGAUUGCCACAAGAAAAGCUAACACAGGGCUAUUAAUGGAUUUGGAGUCAGAACUUGAGGGGUUGCUUCCAGAGCUAAAGGCCGCCAUUGACGUAUAGGCUAUAGUUAUAAUUUGUAAUUAAUAUUGUAGAGUUCAACUAUACUGGGUGUAUCACAUAGAAAAGGAAACCUAGUUAGUACCUUUUUCAAAAAAUUAUUCACAUUUCACUGAUAUCUUUACAAGUGAUAUAGGACACUCAUCACCAAACACAAUUGUUGUUAAUAUUGUUCUCUUGCGAAGUGAGCUUGUAUACCUACUAUUUUAAACAAUGCAUCAAGUUAUUCUUGGUCAUAGAAAUCUUAUUUCAGUUUCCUUUUAUUGAUACACCCUGUAUAUUUACAUGGAUAUGAGAAAGUUUCACACUUUUUUUCAUACGCGUGUUGUUUUGUAGGCAUUGAUGUGGCCCCCUAUACUAUUAAUUGUGUCACAGAGUACUUUUCCCUGAGUAU